ACUGUUCCACUCUCUGCAUUGCUUUUUGCUUGCUUCUGUGUUUUAGAACUGCAUUCACCUUUGUUUCAUUUAAUGCCAGCCACCUGCGUGAUGCACACUGAGAGAAACCUGCCUUGCUCUUUGCCUCGGUAAGUGCCGUGUAUCCCGGGAGGAUCGAUUUCUCCCUGGUGUCAGAGAAGCUGGUGAGGAACAUGUGUUGGGAGCACUGCAAAGUAACUGGAUUUGCAUGAUCGGACUCGGCAGAUGAGCGAGCUCAACAUACUGCCUUCUUUUGGUUUCCUUUUUGACAUUGAUGGAGUACUAGUACGAGGAAAGACUCCAAUUCCUGCUGCAAAAACAGCCUUUCAAAAGCUAGUUAAUUCUCAGGGACAGUUCUUUGUGCCUGUUGUAUUUGUCACCAAUGCAGGGAAUUGCCUUCGCCAGAAAAAAGCUGAUCAAUUGUCUCAUAUAUUGGGAGUUCCAAUUUCACAAGAUCAAGUGAUGAUGUCACAUAGUCCUCUGCGAAUGUUCAAGCGUUAUCAUGAAAAAUGUGUUCUUGUAUCUGGGCAAGGACCACUUCUUGAUAUUGCUCAAGAUCUGGGUUUCUGUCAACCUAUUACCAUUGAAACCUUACGAGAGAAAUACCCUUUGCUAGAUAUGGUUGACCAUGACAGAAGGCCUAAAAUUCUGUACCCUUCUACUGUGGAGCUUCCCAAGAUUGAGGCUGUUGUUUUGUUUGGGGAGCCAGUCAGAUGGGAAACCAACCUUCAGUUGAUAAUAGAUGUUCUGCUGACAAGUGGCUAUCCUGGAAAUCCAUAUCACCAUGAAAAUUACCCUCAUAUACCUGUACUUGCUUGUAAUAUGGAUCUGAUGUGGGUAGCUGAAGCACAGUCUCCAAGGUUUGGACAUGGAACAUUCAUGAUUUGUUUGGAAAACAUUUACAAGAAGAUCACUGGCAAAGAUCUGAAAUAUGAAGCCUUAAUGGGCAAACCUAGUGAAUUGACUUAUCAAUAUGCAGAAUACCUUAUCAGGGCUCAAGCAGCAGAAAGACAAUGGAAACAGCCUAUUCAAACUCUUUAUGCUGUUGGAGAUAAUCUCAUGACUGAUGUCUAUGGUGCUAAUCUUUACAAUCGCUAUCUUGAAGAGAAGAACUCCAGAAAAACUUCCAAAACACAAAUUCAGGCCAAAGUUGCUGGUGGCAGGAGACCUGCCACUCUCACUCAGGAUGAUGAAAUAGAGAACAAUUGGGAAAGUGAAUUAGCAUCUUCUGCUGCUACCUGUUGUAGGUCUAUUCUUGUUUGUACUGGGGUUUACAACCCUCACACGGAGGUAGCUUCUGAUACCAGGGAGAACAUAACUGACAGAGUGUUCCAUGGCCACAGAGAUUUUCGAUUUGAUCCUGGUUUAGUAGAACCAGAUCAUAUUGUACCAGAUGUUGAUGCAGCUGUAGACCUGAUUUUCCAGUUGGAGAAUUUUGCACCUGGUUGAGAUGACAGGAUUUCUUACGGGCUUUUCAGUGCUUUGCUUCUCUUCCCCCAAACAAUCUGUGCUUUAAAAGCAUGCCACAAAUUGCUGCUUUCUAAAAUUUUUAACUUUUUAACUGUGAUAUUUUUGAAAUACUUAAGUUCUUGCUUUAGUUGCACGUCAUUGUUCUCCCAUUCAUAAUUUUUGGUAUUCUAAUAAUUUAACUAUCACUUAAAUUCUCACAUCAGUUCACUCUUCUGUUUACUGAAAGAUAUAGCUUCCGUUGUUCUGUGGCUCUUAAGCGUGUGAGCUUGUGAUGUAGGAGUCAUUCACAUGAUUACAAAUUGGCUAGUAUGGAGCACGAUAUGUAUAACUUCUUGGUAUUCUACAAGUAAUAAGCUCUCUUCCAAAUAUUCUUCAAAUUAGAGCCAAGUUCAAAUAUGUUCUGCCUUUUCAUACUUGCAUAUAAUUUUGCAACAUUUCUUUUUAUCUGUUUUCCCAUGUGUUGGGAGCUGCCAUUACUUCACUGUGUUUUCUCUCUGAUAUGUAAAGCUUUAAAGAAAUGCCCAUAAAAGAUGGGGAAGGACGAGUUGUUAACACUAUUCUUUUGGAAUUGCAGCUCACCUGAACUCAGUCAUCUAAGGAAAGUUAUCUUUUGUGGCAUACCUGGCCUUUUUGUCAUUGCCUUUUUACCUAAACUCUUAUGAGGAAUUUAAAAUUUUCAUGUGCUUUAGAAAGCAUGUUUCAGGCAUUUCUGUCAAUUGGACUUUUCUACAGAAUGCACAUGACAGCUGUUUGGGCAAAAGUGCCUAAUAUUUUACUUGAAGCUUCUGUAACUGUGGUAUUUAACCUGUCCUUAGAGUGACCAUCUUGUGGCAAUGUUAUAUGUUUGUCGUAAUGGUUUGUGGAUUCUAUAACUGUUCAUUUAAAAAGAAAUUUUGUUUUAUUUUUGUAAAAACAUUU